AUGACAGCUACCGACCCAACAAUAACAUCUUUUACCGUCAGGGAUUUGAGAUGGCCUACUUCGCUCGAGAACAUUGGUUCGGAUCCCAUGAAUCUGGCUGGCGAGAAUGCUCUGGGCUAUCUCCAGUAUGAGACUGACACCGGGUUAUUCGGCACUGGAUGGUCUUUCAGCAAUGGCCAAGGCAACGACGUGCUGUGUACAGCCAUACGAAGUCUAGCGCCGCGGUUGGUUGGACGGAAAUUAUCAAGCCUAACCUCGAACAUGGGCGAUACCCAGCGGAAGAUGGUGUCUGGCCAGAUUCGCUUCAUGUCGCCCGAGCGAGGAGUGCUUCAGCUUGCAACGUGCGCGGUGUUGAACGCCAUCUGGGACCUCUGGGCCAAGAGCGAAGGGAAGCCGUUGUGGAGACUGGUUUGCGAUCUCUCUCCGGAAGAGACUGUCCGCUGUAUCGAUUUCCGAUACCUCACCGACGCUCUUACUCGCCAAGAGGUCCUGCAGAUGUUGAAGCGUCUGGAAGCGUCCAAAGCCGACCGCUUGAAGUUGGCGCUGCAGAACAAAGCAGUUCCAGCGUACAACACAUCUGCAGGCUGGUUGGGCCAUUCAGAUGACAAGGUUCGCGAACUUCUCCAGUCAGCGAAGGCCCAAGGGUUCAAACACUUCAAGUUAAAGGCGGGACUUGGCCUGGAAGCGGACCUCAGACGGCUGGGAUUAGUGAGAGAAGUCGCGGGCCAGGAUGCAGUUCUCAUGGUCGACGUCAAUCAGCUGUGGGAUGUCGACGAGGCAAUCGAGUACAUGAAGAACCUCGCACAUCUCAAUCUCUGGUUCGUCGAGGAGCCAACCUCUCCGGACGACAUACUGGGCCAUGCCAAGAUCCGCAAGGCUCUGAAACCGUAUGGCAUCGGCGUCGCCACGGGAGAACAUAUCAACAACCGCGUCAUGUUCAAACAACUGCUCCAAGCAGAGGCCACAGACGCCGUCCAGCUUGACGCACUGCGGCUCUGCAGCGUCAAUGAGAUCCUGAGCGUGCUGUUGCUCAGUGCCAAGUUCGGAGUCCCCGUCGUGCCUCAUUCCGGCGGGGCCGGGAUGGUGGAGCUGUGCUCGCAUAUUAGCACCAUCGACUUUGUGGCGGUCUCGGGCCAGACCAGCAUUCUCGAGUAUACCGACCACCUUCACGAAGCAUUUGAAGCGCCUGCUCAAAUCACACCAGACGGCUACCAUGUCAGUCCCACGCAGGCAGGAUAUUCAUGCGAUGUGAAACCAGACGAGUUCGAGAAGUACGAGUGUCCGACGGGCAGCUUCUGGCAAUCUCCUCAGGGGAAGAUGAUGCUCGCUGAUCCGUGGCGCGGAGUUCCUGGCGAGCAAAGCUCGUAAACUUUGGACCACGACUACGACCGCGACCAUGAAGCCGAGAUUGCUGGGGUUUGCAUUUCCCUUUCUUCUGGGGGAGAAAUCCCAUCCAUUGUUUAGGGGUGCCUCAUAAAAGCCGUUCCUUGCUUACUCUCUAGCUGAGAAGAACAUCGUGACACAGCGGCGGGGUGUCAUUCGAUGAGUAAAAAUCAGGACAAAGACCAAUUUCCA